AUGAUACUGGAUGACAAACUGAGGGUAGGUUUUUGUCCUAUUCAGAAAGUUGGAUCUACAUUCUGGCGUCGUGUUUUAGAGUACUGUGGUGAUAAGCGGAGUUAUUCUUCUGUAUUUGCUGUUAAAUGGUUUGACAUGAAGACACCCCAUAUAGAGAAGUACGGGAAAAGAGGACCAGCUCUUCUUAACAGUUCACUGAAGUUCAUGUUCGUGAGAAACCCAUACCAGCGGCUAUUUUCGGGUUGGGUGGACAAGCUUCUAUCCUCCAAUCCCUUGUACUGGGAUAAGAUUGGACUGAAAGUCAAGAAGUUUUUAUAUAAAAACACUACAUCUGUUUGUGGACACGACGUUACCUUUUCAGAUAUGGUGAAAUAUUUUAUUCAUUCGGAACGAUCUAACGUCAAACGGGAUCCUCAUUUCAUACCAAUGUACGACCAUUGCAGUCCAUGUCACCAUACUUUCGAUUUCAUUGGAACAAUGGAAACGUUCAGCACUGAUGCUGAACAUUUGCUGAAAAUAAUCUCGAAUCGUUCACAUGUCAAUAUUUCAAUGGAAGACAUAGAAGAUGCUGGGUAUGAUAGCUUGUACGACCACACUACACGUUUGUACCGGUUCGUGAAAGACACAUUAAGAUGUGUCAGUUUUUACGAGGCUAUGCAGAGAACAUGGCGGAAUCUGCAGAUACGCGGUUACCUCGGUAUGAACGUGAGUGUACCGUUCACGCGGGAGGAGGCGGACUCGGUGGUAAAGGAGGAAUUUCUGGGCGCCCUCAUCACAGCGUACGAGUCUUCCGGUACUAAAGCGUACCGCAGGGCUAACAGACGAAAUGCAUUGCUGGAAGCAUAUGGAACUGUAGAUAACGCUGAUCUAGAAAAACUGCGUCGAAUAUUUAAACCGGAUUGGGUUUUGUUUGGGUACAGUGAUCGACCUAUUGAAAUCUUUGAGUUAUCCCGGCACUACAAAAACUCGUUCAGUUUCUUUAGAAUUUUCAAAUAA